AUGCUAUUUGCUCAGCAAUUUAGCAUCGCAUUCAGAAGGGUCAGAUAUCAGUUUACAUUAUUACAGCAACAACAAAGACGAGGCAUGAAGGCAUUCAUUCAGAUCGUAGGACAACACACGCCUGAAGGACCUCCAAGUAUUGUCGUACACUAUGAUGCACAGCGUUAUAUAUUCAACGUUAGAGAAGGAACACAACGACUGUGCGUACAAGAAAAGGUCAGACUGGGUAAAGCCAAUCAGAUAUUUGUCACAAGAACAACCUGGGAUUGUCUCGGCGGUCUUCCCGGUCUCUUGUUGACCUUGACUGACGCGGGGGUUCGGAAGAUCAACCUAUACGGUGGAAAAAACUUGGCACACUUUAUUGCAGCUACGCGUCGAUUUGCAUUUAGAACAAAUUCAUCGUUGAGUGUCAAGGAGUUUGAUGAGGAAAAGAUGAAUGAAUUCAAAGACAAUAACUUGACUAUCCAACCUGUCAUCGUCUUACCCAAAAGGGCUGGUCAGAAACGAGCAUUUGAUAAUAUCGAAGGUGAUGAUGACAUUAUGAGUUCUUGUGUAUCAGAGACAGAUGAGAAACCAUCCAUUAAACAGUUGAAGGAUAAAGAGGCUGAUGAUUAUAGACAAAAGGUUAUUUCAGCCAUGUUUAGCGAUAAGGGCGAUAAUGACAAGUCUAAGAAUAAGCCAAAAACGGCAAUUGACGCUGAGUGCGCUCCUAGAGAACAACACCCGUUAACCGAAGAGGUUCCAGAAGCAUUGAUGACCAACCGAAAUAGCUAUCUGAGAUCACCUCUGCCAGAGACUUCACCCUAUCCAGCGGCUAUUACCUAUAUCUGCCGUGGAUCCUCGUUACCUAGAAAGUUUAAUAAGGAUGCAGCCUUGGCUUUAGGAAUAAAACCUGGGCCACUCUACGGUAAAUUGCAUAAAGGUAUGGAUAUCACUUUAGAUGACGGUCGAGUUAUCACUCAGGACAUGGUCUGUGAUCCUCCUCGACCUGGACAUUCCUUCAUACUUGUUGAUUGCCCCAGUACAGCCUAUAUUGACGGGCUGAUUGAAUCCGAAAAGUUCAAGGAAUAUCAAGUGGGAGGCAAAUACCAAGUAAACACAAUCCUCCAUUUCCUUGGUAAAGAUGUGAUUCAUGACCCAAGAUACAAAAAAUGGGUUGCUACAUUUGAUGAAAAUACAGAUCACGUCUUUAGUUCCGAAGAGAUUUGUAAACAGGAUGCUCAAUUUACGUCUCAGGCUUUAUGUCAAGUGAAAUUAUCAAAACUGGAUGACAAAAUAUUUGCUAUUCCAAAAUACAGCAAUACACCCGAACGGAAUCUUUCAUCUGUAGAAGGACUUCCAGCAAAAAGUUUUGCGCUUGAUAAUAUGGCAGUUUACAACCUAGAGCCCAAGCGAUAUUUAGAGUACAGUAACCAACCAGUGUUUGACCAUACGAAUACAGAGCUAGAGUCAAUUAAGGCAAUUGAAAGUAAUGAAGAGUAUAAAGAAGCUGUAGCCAAAGCAAGAACAGAGGCAUCCAAAGUGGACAUUAGCGGCCGUUUCCCAGGUGAUGAUAUAGAGAUCGUAACUUUGGGUACGGGAAGUUCGAUUCCUUCAAAAUAUAGAAACGUCAGUGCAACCCUCGUCAAAAUCCCCGACUACGGGUCUAUUAUGUUGGAUGCAGGUGAAGGCACGUUUGGUCAGAUGAUGCGUCGGUUUGGCAUACAACAGGUAGAUGACGAGUUACGGUUACUUGAUUGUAUAUUUGUCUCUCAUUUACAUGCUGAUCAUCACUUGGGCGUUAUUCAACUCAUCAGAAAGUGGUUCCGAGUGAAUACGAAUGAAGCAUCUGCUCUUACGGUGAUUGCACCUCGUAUAUACAAUGAUUGGAUAAAUGAAUAUAUUCAAGUAGAAUCUUUUGGAAAAGGAACAAGAAAGAGGAUACGCUUUCUUUCAAGUGAAUAUCUUGUUCAUUUAUACGAAAAGAACCCUUCAAAGAAAGUACCUGUGUUACAUGAAAUACAGGAUAGAUUAGGAUUAUCGGUUAUUAAGCCUAUUGAAGUCAUUCACUGUCGAUGGGCCUAUGGGUUGUCGAUUGAGCAUAAAGAUGGGUGGAAGAUAGUAUACUCUGGUGACACUAGACCAUGUAACAAGUUGAUCGACCAUGGUCAAAACGCUACUUUAUUAAUACAUGAAGCCACAUUUGACGACAUAGAAAAGGAAAAGGCGAUAGAUAAAAGACAUUCAACGACAGGAGAAGCAGUGGAUGUGGGUCAAAGAAUGAAUGCCCGAUAUACUUUAUUAAAUCAUUUCAGUCAAAGAUAUCCAAAGAUACCAAGCCUGUCAGGGAAGCAAGAGAAUAUAUGCUUCAGUUUUGAUUUAAUGUCUGUACUCAUCAAGCAAAUGCCUAUUUUACCCAAGUUUACAGAUGCAAUGCAGCUGUUAUUCGAAGAAGAGGAGGAUGAUAAAGAAUAA